AUGAGUUUCAGUGGUCUCAAGCACUCGAUUACACAGUACUUGGAAGAGAUACCAAGCCAAGUGCAAACAAGACUGUAUAAAUCCCCGGCUACAUGCUUGGCUAUUUACAGACUUCUGCCGACACUGGCAAAGUUUUUCAUAAUGACAGUUAUAUUCAAUGAUAAAGAUAUAUCAUUACGUGACCUGGAUCGUUGGGUUAAAUCGAACGGCAAGCUACAAUUUCAAGAGGCUAUCAAGUCAAUGAAAUCUUUACAUUUGCUGAUACCGACAAGGGUAAAUGGGCAACUUUUAAUCAACUUGAAUCCAACAUUUAGAGAAAGUUUCAGAAAUGCGUUAACAGGUGGUGAAGUGAACAACUCAUUUGGUAUUGUAGUUGAUGAAGAUAGACUCGACACCGUGGUAAACUUAGCUGUCCUAGAUGAAUAUGCAGCAACGAAAUGGGAGACAAUUUUACAUUUUAUGGUCGGUACUCCAAUGGCAAAAAUGCCAUCGGAAAAUGUUCUUAAUCUAUUAAAACAUAGCAAAUUAAUGGAAGAAGUUCCCGACUCCUCUGAGUUUAUGAUUACUAAUGAAGGUUUUCAAUUCCUUCUACAGGAAGUUAACUCACAAAUCUGGUCAUUACUUUUACAGUAUCUGAAACUAGCCGAAUCAUUGCAUAUGGACCCAGUUCAUGUCUUGAACUUUAUCUUUAUGCUAGGUGCUUUAGAGACUGGAAAGGCAUAUAGCACAGAAAACCUCAGCGAAACUCAAUUAAAAAUGCUUCUCGAUAUGAGAGAUUAUGGUCUAGUGUUUCAAAAAACAAGUAAUCCUAAUAUAUUCUAUCCGACACGGUUGGCACAAAUGUUGACGUCAGAUACUAAGAGCAUGAGAACAGCAUCUGGUGCUAUGGAGAGUGUUCUAAACAAACCUGACGAUGCGGCAAAAUCAACGGAUGACAAAUAUGAUUCAUUGGAAGGUAAAGCUGAGGAUAUACAAGAUGGUGCUCUGAUUAUUGAAACCAACUUCAAACUAUACUCAUACUGCAACUCACCCUUACAGAUAGCUAUUCUAAGUUUAUUUGUGCAUUUGAAAUCUAGAUUUGCUAAUAUGGUGGCUGGUCAAAUUACAAGAGAAUCUAUCAGAAGAGCUUUAAUCAAUGGUAUCACUGCUGAUCAGGUAAUUGCUUAUUUAGAAUCUCAUGCGCAUCCUCAGAUGAGAAGAUUAGCUGAGGAAAAACUGCAAAAGAAAUUAGAACUAGAUCCCAACUGUAAAGAUCCCUUGCAAGUGCUACCCCCAACCGUCGUCGAUCAAAUUAAAUUAUGGCAACUAGAAUUAGAUAGAGUGUUAACGUAUGAAGGUUCUCUAUACAUUGACUUUGAUACAGCACAAGAUUUCAAUAUGCUCUGUAAAUAUGCACAGGAUAUUGGCGCUCUACUAUGGAAAGAUGAUAGGAAGAGAAAACUAUUUGUUUCUAGAGAGGGUAAUGCUCAAGUUCUAGAGUAUGCAAAAAGGAAAAUCAAAAAGAAGGAAGAAUAA